GGGGAGGUCGUUAUUAAAGGAAUCUACUUUUUAAUGAUAUAAAAGGAUAAAGGUUAUCCAUUAUAUCCAAAAGAAAUCAUCCACUAAUCAUAGUUGGAUUGGUUAAGCUAACUUUGCUCUUGUUAUCGUAUUUAUCCACGGAAAAAAUAUAACAACGGAGACUACUUUUACACCUUUUGCAUAGAUUGAGUUCGACUGUGUUCUUGACCAUAAUCUCAAAAAAAGAAAAAAAAAAAAAUUUGUAUAUCUACAUAUAUACCCAAGCAUCACCGCACGAUUCGAGGAAGGACAAAGAAUCAAAACUUCAUAUUUAUUCUUUGUGUUAUCAAACAAUAGUAUUAUUAAUAAAAUAGAAUAGAUCGAUCAUGGGUGUUCCAGGGGCUUAUACUGAUCACCUUCUUCUCAGAGAACAUGCAUACUACGAUACAGGAGAUAUUGAGUUGGUAGUGCCUCAAAUCAAUUAUAAUCCUUCAGUAGCGGCAGGCCGCUUUGUCGAGUCACAAAUCAAAGGAUUAGGACUCUUUGACUACCAGUUCCUUCCAGGUAUGGUAAACGAAGAUGAUGGGCAAACCUUCUCUUUUAUGUACAUGACUGUUUGCAUUUUAAUUUUCCUAACUAUGACAAUAGGAGGCUUAUAUUUUUGGGGAAGACGCGUUAACAAUUUUAAAAUUUCUAAAUCAUUGAAAAGACCUCAAACUCCGAUCUUACCCAUUUCCAAUCUCCCAUCACUUUCAAACUCCCCUGAAAUGUCUGAAUUGGAUUUCCCCAACUCGCCACCAAGAAAUUUUAAAUUCAACACUUUAGAAUUUGAUAAAUCAUUCAAAAGUUGGGCUAUUAAUGAUUUUGAAAAGGAUCUGAGCUUGUUUUUAACCACUUAAAAAUUCAUAUCAUGAUAACAAAUUCUAAUCCUUCACUUUUACCACUGCUCACGCAUUUCAUUAAUUUCUUUCGCAUCAGUGCCACUAAUUUACAUUGGGUUACUACUAUUAUUCUUUCUGCAUAUUUAAUUUAUAUCCACAUCAUCAUAUGGC